GAGAAGUUAAAAAUGUCGGAAGUUCUUGUACUCUUGUUAGCUAAAUUAUCAAAAUCUGAGUUCAAAUCGUAUAUGAAUAGGUUGUAAAUUAAGAAAAUAGCGUGCUUUUAAAUAAUAUCUUCGUUGCCUUAUAAUUAGUUGCAUUAAUAUAGGCUGAAGUUUUGUGAGUUAGUGGAGUGCAGUGUGCCUAUGUUACACAGUGAUAAUGUACUUUUGACAUCUUAAGAAAUAAUUAUAAAUUUUGUGAGAUAAUUUUAUCAUUCUCAAACAGAUACGAUGUCAUACCCACCUCGACCUCCCCUUGGCAUACCAAUGCCCGGUAUGCCUUACAUGCCAAUGCCAGCUCCUCCUCCUAUGAUGCCUGCUGUAAUGUCUGUACCACAUAUGGUUCCCGCGCAAGUCACAACAACUACACAAAUAAGGGCUUUUCCAAAGCUUAAUCCAAAUAGAGAGCAAAUGAAACAAAUUCAAGGACCUCCAGUUACAGUAUUUGUAGGAAAUAUUACUGAAAGGGCACCAGAUAAUAUGAUUAGGCAGAUUUUGGCAACAUGUGGACAUGUCAUCAGUUGGAAAAGAGUGAAGACAUUUGGUUUUUGUGAACUAGCUGGACCAGAUGCAGGACUUCGAGCAGUUCGAAUAUUGCAUGACAUGAUGGUGGGUGACAAGCGGCUUGUUGCCAAGGUAGAUGCUAAAACUAAAACUGUACUAGAUGAAUACAGAGCAGAAAAACAUAAAAAGGAGAAAGGGUCAUCAUCUCCACUGCAGGAUGAACCUCAGGAGGAAGAAUUGGACGAAGAAACCCAAGCAUUAGAUGCUGUAGCACUUGAAAGAAUCAGGCAAAUUUUAGCAGAACACCAGGAAGAAAUGAAUAAUUUUGAAGUAAAAAAAGAAGAAGAAGCUAUUGAAAAACGAAUCAAAACACUUGUUGAAGCUGAAGUUGAAGAAGAAAAAAGAGAUUUAAUAACUAGGGAAAUAGGAAAAUUUCGAGAAAUCAUGAAGAAACAAGAAGAAGAGAAAGAAGUAAGCAGGCGCAAAGAGAAAGAACGCGAAAGGAAAGACCACCGAUCAACCUCCCAUUCGCCAAGUCCAAGGAAGAGAGAGAGGGAAAGGGAAAGGGAAAGGGAUAGGGAGAGGGAAAGGGAAAAAGAAAAAGAAGAACGAAAAAAGAGACGAACGCGUUCAAGGUCUCGAGAUGAAAGGAGCAGAGAGAGAGAUAGGGAACGUGACAGAGAACGGGAACGAGAGCGUGAGAGGGAUAGGGAAAGGGAACGAGAGAGGGAGCGUGAACGAGAACGUGAGCGGGAGCGAGAGAGGGAGAUACGGGAGAGAGAACGAGAACGGGAUAGGGAGAGGGAUAGGGAAAGAGACGAGAAGGAAAAAAGUAAAAGCGCGAGAGAGCUGUUAAAGGAAAAAGAAAUGGAAGAAGAGGCAAAAGAAAAGAAAAAGGCUGAGAGAAGAGCAAGGGAAAAAGAGGCAGCUUAUCAAGAACGAUUGAGAGUCUGGGAAACUCGGGAACGACGAAAAGCAAAAGAUUACGAAAAAGAACGUGAGAAGGAAAGGAUUAAGGAAGAAGAGAGAGAAAAGGAUGCCAAAAGACUCAAAGAAUUCUUGGAAGAUUAUGACGAUGAACGUGACGAUAUUAAAUAUUACAAGGGCAAAGAGUUACAAAAACGAUUAGCAGAAAGAGUAAAAGAGGCCGAAGGAGACAGUAGAGAUAGAGCCAAGGAAAAAGAAGAAAUAGAAGAAUUAAAAAACAAAAUAUUUUCAGGGGAACAUGAAGAUCCUAGUGCUGAAUUUGAAAGGAUUAAAAAAGAACGAGAGGAACAGUAUAAACCUAAAUUAUUAAUUGAUGUAAAUUUGGAUUCGUGGAAACAAAGGGAAAGAGAAAAGGAAAGAGAAUUGGAAAGGCAACGGGCUAGAGAACGGGAACGAGACAGAGAAGCCGAAAGGGAAAUGCAUAGGCAGAAAUUAAGAGAAGAAAGGGAAAGAUAUAUUGUUGAACAAGCAGCCCAAGAAUUAGCAGCCGUCCAAGCUGAACCUAUCGAUAGUGACAGCGAAGUGGAAGACCAUCGUAGUCCCGCACCUCCUCUCGAAAAUGAAAAUAGUUCUGACAGCCACCCAGAAUCAGCUAAAUGGACUCAAGUUCAAAUAGGAGAUGAAGACUCUCGGCAUUCUAUAACGUCAAAUCACGAAGAAAUAGCUCCUCCCCCAACAGGUACAGGUAUCAAAUUAACUUUAUCAAAACCUAGUGGUUUACAUAGUCCUCAACAGAGAAACGAUGGAAAGAGGAAAAAAUUGGACUUGCGAGAAGUCUUUAAUCCCGAUGACGAUGAUACGCCUGCGCAAGUCAAAAGACGAAAAUUAGUUCCUCUAGACUACAACGAAGAUAAGAAGACUAAAAAAGAAAAUGGUGAGAAGAAGUCCGAGGAAUCGAUAAAGUCACAAGAAGAAAAACGAAAGCAUAUAAAGUCUCUAAUCGAAAAGAUACCGACAGAAAAAAAUUCUCUCUUUGCUUAUCAUCUCGAUUGGUCGGUUAUUGAUAAUGCGUUAAUGGAGAAAAAAAUUAGGCCGUGGAUAAAUAAGAAAAUAAUAGAAUACAUAGGUGAACCUGAACCAACACUAGUAGACUUUAUCUGUUCGAAAGUGAUGGCCGGUUCUAAGCCGGAAGUGAUAUUAGAGGACGUUCAAAUGGUCUUAGAUGAAGAGGCCGAGGUGUUUGUAGUGAAAAUGUGGAGACUGCUGAUCUACGAAGUGGAAGCCAAAAAACUAGGGUUAGUAAAAUAGCAUCAUACAUAAUAAGUAAAGUCCGUAUUUCAUUGCAAUAUAACUUAUUCAUUAUUAAUUACUAUUGCAAGUAUUUUCCGUAUAAUUAUUUCAUAAUAGUCAAUUCUUUUUAUAUCGUUAAUAAUUAGAGUUGGCAGUACAGCCUGAAUAAAAGCCAUGCGUCUA